AAUUAAUUUUUUAAAAGAACAAAUAUGUUUCAAGCUCAGAUUAAUUUAAAAUCCUUUAAAGAAUAGCAUAGUUUAGAGGAGAGACAGAUAAAAUGUUAAUAAAAAUUAACUCAACAUCCUGAUAUGAUUCCUGUAAUUUUGGAGAAACAUCCUAGAUCAAAAAUGCCACAAUUAAACAAAUCAUUGUAUAAGAAUUGUUUAUCAUUUUGAU